AAGAGAAAAGAGCCGGGAGAGAGUGCAGAGUGAUGUCCAUCUUUUAACUUUCAGUGGAAGAAAAAUGGCCUCAGAAGAGCCAGCGGAGGGACCAGUGACCUUUGAGGAUGUGGCCGUGUAUUUCACAGAGACACAGGGAGCCCUGCUGGAUCCAGAACAAAGGGCCUUGUACAAGGAAGUCAUGAUGGAGAACUAUGAGAACGUGGCCUCCUUGGGGUGUCUGAUCCCCAAGCCAGAUCUCAUCUCACGACUGGAACGAGGGGAAGAGCCGUGGGUGCUGAAUUCCCUGGAUGCGAAUGAAAAUGAGAUCUCUGAUACCUGCUCAGGGUUCAUUCCAUUCCCAGAUCAAGAGAAAAUUUUGCCUCUGUUCUUUAUCUCAGCAGAUGACUUGAGUAGGCCUGCGUGCCUUGGGGGAGUCAACAUACAAGGGAAACCCUAUAAAUGCUUGACAUGUGGAAAAUGUUUUGCUCGCAAGUCAUACCUAGAGGGCCACCAGAGAAUCCACACUGGAGAGAAACCCUAUAAAUGCCCAAUAUGUGGGAAAUGUUUCUUUCAGCAGCCUCACCUCAUGAAUCACCAGAAAAUCCACACAGGUGAGAAGCGUUACAAGUGUCCAGAGUGUGGAAAAUGUUUUCAUCAUCAUUCAGGCCUUGUGAAUCACCAGAGAAUCCACACAGGAGAGAAGCCUUACAAAUGCUUGGAAUGUGGGAGAUGUUUUACUCAGCAAGCUCAUCUGAAGAACCAUGGUAAAGUCCACACGGGAGAGAAGCCCUAUAACUGUGCAGACUGUGGGAAACGUUUUGGUAACCGCACAGCUCUCCUGAGUCACCAAAGAGUCCACACAGGAGAGAAACCCUACAGAUGUUCAGAAUGUGGGAAACGUUUUGCAUACAGCUCAGGCCUUGUCAACCACCAGAGAAUCCACACAGGAGAGAAACCCUACAAGUGCACAGUGUGUGGGAAAUACUUUUCCCGCCAUUCACACCUUGCAAAACACCUGAAAAUUCAUACAGGGGAGAAACGCUAUAAGUGCUUGGAGUGUGGAAAAUGUUUUGCUGACAACUCCACCCGUGUGCUCCACCAGAGAGUUCACACUGGAGAGAAACCCUACAAGUGCAUGGAGUGUGGGAAAUAUUUUGCAUAUCGGUCAGUCCUUGUGAAUCAUCAAAGACUCCACACUGGAGAGAAGCCAUAUAAAUGUUUAGAAUGUGGGAAAAGGUUUACUCAGUAUGGAAACCUUUUAAUUCACCAGGUAGUCCACACUGGAGAGAAAAAAUCAAAAUGUAUGGAAUGUGGGAAAUGUUUUUCUCACCAGUCAUACCUUACAGAUCACCACAAACUCCACACAGGAGAGAAACCCUAUAAGUGCUUGGAGUGUGGGAAGAGUUUUGCUCAAAGAUCCACUUUUGCCACACACCAAAAAGUCCACACGGGAGUGAAGCCGUAUAAAUGUCUAGAGUGUGGGAAAUGUUUAUCUCAAAAAUCAAGCUUUGAAAUGCACCUGAGAAUCCAUACAGGAGAGAAACCCUAUGAAUGCCUCAAGUGUGGGAAAUGCUUUGCUAACCGUUCAUGGCUUGUGAGUCACCAGACAGUCCAUACAGGGGAGAAAAAGGCUAAAUGUUUGGAAUGUGGGAAAUGUUUUGCACGGCGCUCACAUCUUGCAAGCCAUUGGAAGGUGCACACUGGAGAGAAACCUCACAAGUGCUUGGAGUGCGGGAAAGCGUUUGCUUACCGUUCAGCAUUUGUGAAACACCAGAGGGUCCACACAGGUGAGAAACCAUAUAAAUGUUCAGAAUGCGGGAAAUCUUUCGCUCUACAGUCCAGCUGCACUAAGCACCUGCGAGUCCACACAGGUGAGAAGCCUUAUAAGUGCGCUGAGUGUGGGAAAUGUUUUGCUCAUCAAUCAAGCUAUGCGACACAUCUUCGAGUUCACACAGGAGAGAGACCUUAUGAGUGUCUGAAAUGCGGGAAGCGUUUUACCCAGCAUUCACACCUUGUGAUACAUCAGAUCGUCCACACAAGAAAGAAAAACACUAAGUGCCCAGAUUGUGGGAAAUCCUUUGCUCGUCAGUCGCUCCUUUUGAUACACAGGAGAAUCCACACGGGCGAGAAACCAUACAGCUGCUUAGAGUGUGGGAAACGUUUUAGGCAACGAUCACACCUCAGGUGCCACAUCAGAAUCCACACUGGAGAGAAACUGUAUCAGUGCCCCAUCUGUGGGAAAUCUUUUGCUCAACUCCAGAGCCUGAUUAGACACCAGAAAGUCCACAAGAAAGAGAAAUCUGAUGAAUGCCUUGAAAUGUCAGAAAAGGGUAGGCUUGAAAAGAAAACUGCCUAAACAUGAAAGAUACCAUACAGGUGAGACACACUGUAAAUCUUCUAAAUUGGUCCACCGGAUGAAAUAUUUCCUUAACAGUAAAUGCAUUUGGGUUAGAUAGACAGUUUGGUCUAGAGCUGGCAAGGACAAAAAUGCAUGCACACAUGCCCAAUCCUCUUAUCUAGAACAACCUUUAGUUUCUUUCAGUAAACAUUGCUUGCACAGGAGUAGAAACAUAGUUUUUAAAAUGACAACAGAUUUUCAAGAAGCUGAAUUCUAGGCCUUUCUAUGCUUUUUCUAUACUCUAGUGGCAUGUCUGCGUGCACCCAGCCCUUCUGUAUGUACUGUUGGCUUUGUGCUGCCUCUCUGUCCUCUUCAAGGCUCUUGAUUUAAUCAUUUUCUUGUUUGAUAUCCCAGCACUUUUGAAGAAGGGAAACUCUGGUCCUAAAUGUGGAAAAGUAUCAACUGAGGAAAUAUCAACUGAGGAAGCUACACAGGACAGAAAGCUGUAUGAGUGGUUUGCUUGUGGGAAAAGAUGUGAUCUUUAUUCAUAAAGAGAAAAUCCAUGUGAAAGAAACAGUGCUUGGGAACCUUUCUGAGGCGAUGUCCUCAGAAAAAUAAGGCUCUGAGGCAAUUUUGAUAAGAUGUGGUAUUUAAUUCACGUACUGUGGGAGAACAUUUUAAUCUUCCACGACAUUUGAUUGCUGAGCUAAGAGCAGCAGUCUUCAAAACAAAGAAUCUUCAAGGGAAGAUUACAAUGUGAGCCACUGAUCUAAACAACUGAUCAAACAUUGCCAAGUGGUUCAUGCUUUGAUGAAUUGUUGAUAAUGUUUCACUCAAGGGGUCAAAAGUCUUGUGCACUGCAUGGACUUGCUUUUGGUGUUUUUCGUGGCAGUCACUUUAACUAGGUGGGUUUUUUGUAAGUUGAACUUAUGGGAUAUAAAUCAGUAAUUGAGGGGCAUGAUCCUGCCGCCUAACAGGAUAAACAGCACUAAACUAGCUAGUGCACUGAUUAAAAUGUUUGAUUAAGAUCUGGGAGACCCAGGUUCAAAUCCCCACUCUGCCAUAGAAGCUUCCUGGAUGACCUUGGGCCAAUCAGUCCCUCAUCCCCGAACCUGCUUUACAGGGUGGUUGUUGUAAGGAUAAGAUGGAGAAGGGGAGAAUGUUCUUGUAAAUACCUAAAUGAAGAAAUAGAUUUGGAGCUGUGUCUGGGCUAUGUGCCCAUCAUAGGGAGUUCAAAAGGAGGAGGAGGCAGGUCUAUGGGACAUUGCGGACGUUGUGGGUAAUAUUUGUUGAAUUAGUAGUAUCUUGUUACGGGUGGCAUUGCCUGUUAGCAGUAUCACAUCAUCUGUCAGAAACUGAAGGGGCCAACCAUGCAGUUCCAUCUUGUUAAUAAAUUGAUUAAUAUUUUCAAUAAAUGCAACUACUUCAGCCAGCUUCAGGGAGUAUCUACAUUCUAAUGUGCUCUCUCUUGGACAUGGACAGGCCCUCACUCCCAGAGGCAUGCUUAUUACUGAAGCUAUAAAAACACUUCAGCAGCAACCCUCAUGUGUGGUGAAACCUAGCAAUACUUGUCACUCAGCACUACAGUGGUUAUUCAACAAAAAGGCUGCUCGGUUGAUAUUAAUAUCUGUUGGGGCCAGACAGUCUUGAUUUGGCUGAACUGCAGGAGCAACAACUCAGCUGCUUUGUGAAGAAUGAAGAGUGCAGACCAAAUUCACACAUGUCGCUUUCAAGUCUUUCUCUAGCUGCAGGUGUGCCUGUGCAAAAAAUUAAUAUAGUUUUGCAUUAUACUGAAAAGAAAUUAACACUCAUCCUUGGCUAUCACCUUUCAGUUUUCCUGCCCACCGCCCUUGUGAUUUUGGUCUUAGCCAUAUUAAAAGAUAGAAUAGCACAUGGGAAGAUAGACGGAGGUAUAGCAAAAGGAGAUCAUUAUUUCAGAGUGUGCUAACAGUAUGAUGAACAGUAUGAGUGUGCUACAUGAAUUUUAAUGCAACUGACUGAAGGCCCCACAGGGGAUAUAGGUAAAAGUAACCAAAUUUAGACGUGUCCUACUAGCCAAGAACUUCUUCUGAGCACCCCUUGCAAGAUGGUUGUUGUGAAGAUACAAUAAAGUGUGUGUGUGGGGAGGGGGGAACAGGUAUGCUGCCCUAAGUUGCUUGAGGGGACGAUGGCAUACAAGUAUAAAUACUGAGCCACUUUACAGCAAUCAAUUUGAAAGACAGCAUAAAGGCAGUUGAGAAAGUUUUAUGUGGGUAGCCAUGUUGGUCUGCAGUACAACAGCAGGAUUUGAGCCCAGUGGUUCCUUAGACACCAACAUGAUUUUCAGGGUGUAAGCUUUUGAGAGCCAGAACUCCCUUUCUUCAGAUGCUCUUCCUUCUGCUCAAUCACCCACUUAACACACAAAUCUCUCUCAUGAGGCUGUGGUGAAGAUAAAAUGGAAGGGAAAACCAUGUACAUCACUCUGAGUUCCUUAGAUGAAGGACAAAGUAAAAAUGUACAAGACAGUCAAAGUAUGUGUGUGAGGGGCAAGUUCCAGUUCCAUUUUCUGACUUGCAAGCUUUCACUAGCCAGGGUGUCUGAGGAAGGAAGAACUCCCUAAACCUAACUUCCUGCUCCGGUGUAACUUGGCCUACUCCGUGCUCCUCUGUUAUGAGAAUUUUAGGCUCACCCAUUUAUUUACGUACUUCAUUUAUUCCCUGCCUUUGACCCCUACAGGGACC